UGAGGCUUCUGCUAGGCCAAAGGGAGGAGCCUUGUAUGGCAACCUCCUUCCACAGCAUUGGCAGCCCCCAGGCCGUGGCGUGGAGAGCGGGGGAUCAGGCCUCACUUGGGCGCCUCGUGCUUUCUUUGCUGCCCUGGUAGAGCUCAGCUCCCCCCGCCCUUUUAACUUGCGCGGCUUCUCUCUGUCACCAGCCAGCGCUAGUGCGUGUGAAAGCAGGAAGCCGAGAGGGGCGGGAGGAGAGCGAUAGUAGGGGAAGCAGAAUCAAAACAAGCGGGACACGCCUUUUCCCCUGGCGCUGCUUCCCCCGGGGCCGGGCCGGGCGGCUGGGUGUGUGCUCAGCGGGGCUGGGCUGGCCGCGGGUGCCCGCCCGGGACGGCCGGGAGCACUCAGCCUGGGAAAGCCGCAGCCAGCUCCUCUCUCCUUCUUGGGCGCCCUGUUUGCAAUGGAGCCGCAAUGAGCCGGGGGUAGCAGCAGCCGCCUCCUCACCAGCAGCCGCCGCAGCCUCCUGCUCCAGCUCCGCGAUGCCGAACCAGAAAAGCAGCAAAGGCAAGAAGAACAAGCGCGCUAACAGCAGCGGGGACGAGCAGGAAAAUGGAGCCCUGGCCCUGGCGGCGGCCGCGGGCGCAGCGAUGGGAGCGGCGGCUGGGGCGGCUGGAGGAUCGGGAGGAGCAGCGGCCGCAGCGGCCACGGCCGGAGGCUGCGGAGCUGUGAGUGCAGCAGGCGCGGCUCCCAGCGACAGCAGGAGCGAAGCACCUUGUGCUACUCCACUGAUCUGUAGCUUUGGAAGGCCUGUUGAUCUAGAAAAAGAUGACUACCAGAAGGUUGUAUGCAACAAUGAACAUUGUCCCUACAGCACCUGGAUGCACCUUCAAUGUUUUUAUGAGUGGGAAAGCAGCAUUCUUGUUCAGUUUAACUGCAUUGGCAGAGCAAGAAGUUGGAAUGAAAAGCAGUGUCGUCAAAACAUGUGGACAAAAAAGGGAUAUGAUCUUGCUUUUCGCUUUUGCUCCUGCCGAUGUGGGCAGGGUCACUUAAAGAAAGACACAGACUGGUACCAAGUGAAGCGAAUGCAGGAUGAGAAGAAGAAAAAGUCGGUUUCAGAGAAGAGCACAGGCAGGUCCAUGGCAGAAUCUGUGGAAGAUGCUAAAAAGUGCAGACCUGUCAACAAGCCACAAAAAGGUUUAAAUCAUGAUAUCCAGCGAAGGCAUUCUAUGGACAGGCAGAACUCUCAAGAGAAAGGCAUAGUUAGUGGGAGCUAUGCAGUUCGUUCUCCCUGUGGCUCUCCUGGCCAGUCCCCUCCUACAGGCUACUCUAUUCUUGCCCCUGCACAUUUUAGUGGCCCUCGUUCGUCACGAUAUUUAGGAGAAUUUUUAAAGAACGCCAUUCACUUAGAACCUCAUAAAAAGAACAUGACUGGUGGUGGCAUGUUCAGGAAUGCCCAUUUUGAUUAUGGGGCAUCUGGAUUGCAAAUGCAUAGAUCGGGACAUUUUGAUGCGCCUGUGCAAUUUUUAAGGAGGCUUGACCUAUCUGAGCUACUUACUCAUAUACCCAGGCAUAAACUGAAUACUUUCCAUGUGCGGAUGGAAGAUGAUGCCCAAGUGGGUCAAGGGGAGGACCUACGGAAAUUUAUUCUUGCAGCACUUAGUGCCAGCCACAGGAAUGUUGUAAACUGUGCGCUGUGCCACAGGGCACUGCCCGUAUUUGAACAGUUUCCGCUAGUGGAUGGAACCUUGUUCCUUAGUCCAUCGAGACAUGAUGAAAUUGAAUAUGAUGUUCCCUGUCACCUUCAAGGAAGACUUAUGCACCUCUAUGCUGUUUGUGUCGACUGCUUAGAAGGAGUUCACAAAAUUAUCUGCAUUAAGUGCAAGUCCCGAUGGGAUGGAAGCUGGCAUCAACUGGGAACCAUGUAUACCUAUGAUAUUCUGGCAGCCUCUCCCUGUUGUCAGGCUCGACUGAACUGUAAGCACUGUGGAAAGCCAGUAAUAGAUGUACGGAUUGGGAUGCAGUAUUUCUCUGAAUACAGCAACGUCCAGCAGUGCCCGCACUGUGGAAAUCUAGACUACCACUUUGUGAAGCCAUUCUCUUCAUUUAAAGUUCUGGAGGCUUAUUGACGAAAGCUUUGCUUUAGUAAUAGCUAUUUUAUGGGUAUUACUACUUUAUUAGACACCUUUUUAUAGGAUCCAUUCUGUGACAAAAUUAAUUUCUUUUCUAACUGAAAGAGCAGCUUCUUUGUGUGUCUAUGUACAUAUAAUAUUAAUAUGUAUAUAUGUGUUAUUAAGACCUGGUCCUCCUGACAAGAUUUCAGCAAAGGGUGGAGGCAAGCCAACUAAUGCCAAGAGUGGGGAAAUUUCAGCUUAAAUGUUUUGGUUUUAAUUUUGUAUCAUCACAGAAGAGCUUAAAGGGGUGGAAAGGUUUUUAGAAAACAGGAUGAGCCCCAUUUGGAAAUGGAAGAUUUUGUGGCCCCACCACCCUUAGGGCUUGGUGAGAGGGGAAAUCUUCAUGAAGGACCCAAUCUUGUUACCACUGAAUUCUUUAGGAUCUUUAUCAUUGACUUCAAUGGGAGCAGGAUUAGACCUAAAAAAAAUCUUAAAUUAUAUUAGCUGGUCUGCUUUCAGAUUCCCAGAAUUGGGUAAACGAAAAUAUUGUGACGAGUGAAUGUAAAUCUGUGCCAGAAAAUGUUACCUUAAAAAUCUUUUUUGGCAUGGUGUCUUCCUGCAGUAUAAAUUUGAUAUGAGUUACCCUCACUGACAGAUUGUAUGGAGAUAGUACUGUUUCCACCAGUGUUGUAAUUUUAGCAGUCAGGUCAAUUGUUUAUACAAAAACAAGCUUGAUUUUAAUACACUUUAAAUAAAGUUAUUUGCUUUGCAAAUAUUUUUAGAACUUUGUUGUGAUGCACAGAAGGAACAUAAAGGAAGACAUGGUCCACUGCAAACCAGUUAUGAAGGUGUAUGUGUGUGCACAUGUGUGGUGGGGUUGGAACUUUAGACAGCAUGCCUGAGGUUGGUAUGACUGACUUGUAAAGAGGAUCUUGAAAAAUAGGAUCUGGGCUGAGUCAGAUCUGUGAGCACUGUGAGGUCUUUGUGCCAUAUUAGUAUGAGAAUGCGGCAUGACUUUAUUUCAAACAAAGUUUAGUACAUUUGCUGAAAUAGCCACUGCACCUUAGUCUUUCAAAAAUAUGUAAAUCCAGAUAUUGUCCAAUUGAUUCUAAGGACUUGGAAAUGAUAUUUAUUUUAAAAACGUUGAGUGUAAUUUUUUUUUACAUUCCCACAUGUAAUAAACUAUACCAGAUAAUGAAUUGGUAUCAGAAGGGUUUUCUCCGUGGAGCUUGCCAGUGUUCUCUUUCUUUGUUUCCCUAUUUUUCUUCUGUGCAAGAAUUUAAAAAUAAAAAGUCUAUUACUUGACUCUUCAAGAUCAAUCUAAGUUUUCUUUGUACCACAUUCAUCACUAUGGUAUCUGUUAUCACAUUAAAAAAACUAACAGUAUUUAAGUGGUAAGACACUGUUUAUACAACAAAAUAUGGGUUUCCCAGAUUAUAAUUGUUAAUUUUUAUUGCAAGUAUGAAUUUAAAAUGGCUUUGAUAUUCUGCAUGUCCUAUAAAAGAAUGCAAAAAACAUGCAACCAAAGUGGGUGAAAAACAAAAGAAAAAUGGUGACCUACUGUAUUGACUGUUUUCUACCUGUUUUUUUUUUUUUUUUUAAAUACCAUAUACCUGGUACUUGAACUCUGUGCCCAGGUUAUUUAAUGACUGAUUUUGUAUUCACAAAGAAAUUCAGUGCAUAUUUUUCCUUUCAUGAGGCUAUGGCUUGGACAACAACUCUAUAAUGUUUUGUUGGCAUAGCUAUGUUGGCUAGGAAUAUGGGGGAGGGAGGAAUCUCACACACACACACACACCUCUAGCUGACAUAGCUAUGCUGGCAAAACAACCAGUGUAGAUGCUAUACCAACAGAAGUGGCCUUCAGGGAAUUCAGGAAGGUGGUGUAGCUACGCUGGCAGUAUGUCUUCUUUUGUCCUCAUGAGCUCCAUCUCCAGUAGGGUUCUUUGCUAACAAGGCUAUGACUGAUAAAGGCUCUGUAGUGUAGACAAGACCACUGUCUUCACGACAGAGUUUUCUCUUUUCAAGUUAGCCUCACUCGAGUGAGAGAGGCCACUCUGCAAAAUAUAACUUGAGCUGCAGAAAGGUUGUGUUAGCAGCUGAGGUGUUGUGCUAACUUGAGCUGCAGCCUGAAUCCCCUGACAGGCCAGCCAACUUGAGUUAAAAGCAUUUGAGUUAAGGGUUAGUGGGUGGGAGGGUGGGUCUAGAGCAGUGGUCCCUAACGCAGUGCCUGC